CGGCGCAGGCGCUGAGGCAGCGUCGUCGUCGCCGGGGUCUGUCGCUCGCACUGUUUUGCCUUCUGGACACCUGAGGCGGCCGCCGGUGGGUCCUGCGGCUUUCCCUUCCGCCGCUGGGGACUGCUGGCCAUGUCCCGAAAGCAGGCGGCAAAGAGCCGGCCGGGCAGCGGCAGCCGGAAAGCCGAGGCCGAGCGCAAGCGGGACGAGCGGGCGACGCGCCGGGCCCUGGCCAAGGAGCGGCGGAACCGGCCGGAGUCCGGCGGCGGCGGCGGCUGCGAGGAGGAGUUCGUCAGCUUCGCCAACCAGCUGCAGGCCCUGGGGCUGAAGCUGCGGGAGGUGCCGGGGGACGGCAAUUGCUUGUUCAGAGCUCUUGGUGAUCAAUUGGAGGGACACUCACGAAAUCAUCUCAAGCACAGGCAGGAGACGGUGGACUACAUGAUAAAGCAGCGGGAAGAUUUUGAACCCUUUGUAGAAGAUGACGUUCCUUUUGAGAAGCAUGUGGCCAGUUUGGCAAAGCCUGGUACUUUUGCUGGCAAUGAUGCAAUUGUAGCCUUUGCAAGAAAUCAUCAGUUGAAUGUAGUGAUUCAUCAACUUAAUGCCCCUUUGUGGCAGAUUCGUGGUACAGAUAAGAGCAGCGUGAGGGAGUUACACAUCGCGUAUCGGUACGGAGAGCACUACGACAGUGUUCGGAGGAUCAAUGACAACUCAGAGGCACCUGCACAUCUCCAGACGGAUUUUCAGAUGCUUCAUCAAGAUGAAUCAAAUAAAAGAGAAAAGAUCAAGACAAAGGGAGUAGACUCUGAAGACGACCUGAGAGACGAAGUGGAGGAUGCUGUCCAGAAAGUUUGUAAUGCCACUGGAUGUUCAGAUUUUAAUUUAAUAGUCCAAAACCUGGAAGCUGAAAAUUAUAAUAUUGAAUCUGCAAUAAUUGCCAUGCUUCAGAUGAACCAGGGGAAGAGAAAUAGUGCAGAAGAGAAUCUUGAGCCCAGUGGUCGAGUGCCGAAGCAGUGUGGCCCUUUAUGGGAGGAGGGUGGCAGUGGUGCCAGGAUCUUUGGAAAUCAGGGCUUAAAUGAAGGCAGGACCGAAAAUAACAAGGCACGGGCCAGCCCUAGUGAAGAAAACAAAGCAAAUAAAAAACAAGUCCCAAAGGUCACAAACAAACAGAGGCGAGAACAGCAGUGGCUGGAGAAGAAGAAGCGUCAGGAGGAGAGGCACCGCCACAAAGCCCUGGAGAGCAGAGGCAGCCACAGGGACAACAGAAGUGAAGCAGAGGCGAACACGCAGGUCACCUUGGUGAAGACCUUUGCUGCUCUCAACAUCUGACUCUCUGGCAUCCUGGGAGUUUUAAGAAGCAGCUGGAAAAGGAGUGCUGUGUGCCAGACUUUCCACUGCGGCCGUCCUUUUAUAAAAUGAAACACAACCAACAAAGCUCACACAUGAGCUCACAACCCUGAGUUAGUUUCCUUCGAGCUGCCUCUUUUUUGUUCAAAGUUUUAUUAGUGGUAUGUUUUGUUUUAUGAAAAUUCAGUGAAGCCAUUCAUAUUCUGUAAUACAAAAUUAAAAUACUAAGUUUUAGGGGCAGAUAGGUCAGGAAAAACCUUUUAAAUGGUGGCUUUAUUGUCCUGAAAAGACUUCAGUGACCCUAGGAUCUUUUCUUAACAUUUGGGGUGAGUUUUGCUGUAAUCGUUCAUGAUGUAGUUUAGAAUAAUUGUUAGAAAUUCAGAAUGACAAGUUUCCUUAGUUUCUCUUUCAUUUUCAAACAGAUACUAACAUAUAGGGUAGCUUAUAAAUGAUCUCCAACUCAGGAAUAUGUUUAGAUUUUACUUUCUUCUAAUCCAAGUUACUCAGAAAAUAAUUCGGGAAUUGUUUUCCUAGAGUUAUAUGAGGGUUGUGGCCUGCAGUCAGGAUGGAAAUUAAACAACUGCAUUUCUGUCUUUCCUGAUUCUUUCAGAUGGGAUGCAGGUGCUGUUAGUUCAUUUGCACUCAAGCCAUAUGAUAAAUGCAGCUGACUGUUAAUUAGGCCUAGGUCCUGUUGGGAAGUUGACCGUGGUGUUGGGUUUUGGUAUUUGUUUCCUGACAGUGAGAUGAUGGCAUGUUACUGCUUGUGUUACAGUUCUGGAAUUCUGAGAGUUGGUAGAGCAGGGUCUGUAGUUGUAACAGGAAAAACUCCUGGGGUUUUGCCUAAGAGGAGUCUAAAGAAUUAAAUGUUUUUAUAGGAGAAACCUAGAAGAAUAAGGUUUUUCAUGUUCACAUUUUAAAUAACAAUUUUUUUCCCUUCUCUUCUAGACUUAGAUGCCUUCAGAGAGAUACAUGGUAACUUGACCUCACAGGUCGCUAAACUUAGUAUUGUGGAAAUUAAGUCUUAUAAAAUGCCACGUUUAUUUCUUUUUAUUUAAGCCCUGUUUGGCAUUUCAAAGUUGGGAAAACUCCAACAUCUGCCGGAAGUUGUUGGACCAUCAGGGAAGAGAACAUACUUUGGUUGAGGCCUUCGAAUGACUCUUCAGUUCUGAAAUAGACAGACUUGGGCAGUGGAGAGAUGUCAUUCCUAAAACUGAGUUAUGUGGAUGUGAACUUAAAAACCGUAAUGUAUGAGGUGGCUCAUCUUGGACAAUCUUUGUCUUUUGGAACCUAAUACUUGGGCAAAUAAUUGAUGCUGAGUUGAUUUUAUCUUCUCCACCCCUCACGUUUCAGAAUUAGAAAAAUGUUGGCAGGCCCUGGAGUUGUCAGAGAUUGUCUUUAUCAGCAGGCCACUUGCUUUCUUCAGUUUUACUGAUGUCUUUUUUUUGUUUUUUGACUUUAGUGGGUUUUUGUAGUUGAAGCAUCAGUAGUCUCUUGGAAUUGCUCCUAGGACAUUGUGGUUUGGGCUUCUCCCUGGGUAUAGUACAUUGUAAAAUUUAGCAGAUUAAAAAAAACGUACAGCGUUUUUUUCUGUGCACAUCACAGAGUCCUGAGCUUGAGGCCGUGUUACUCUACUCAUCCCAAACGAAAGGUGUCUGUUGCCUUACUCUACGGGGUGGGAGCCAGUGCUUUAGUACCUAUGGCUGUCUUGGUUUUCAACUCUGGGCAGAUUCCUGACUGGCUUGGUGUUUCUGAAUGAAUACACUUCCCUGUCUGUUUUGUACUGCUUGAGAGCAGAAGGCCAGAUCCUCUCAUAAAGAUAAGAUUGUAUGCCAGAAAUUCAGAUUAGCAGUCACUUAAGAGAGACUCAUUGUCAGAAGUCAUAGAAUUGCCUUAUUUAACUUGGUUAAUGAAGGUGGCCUUGGGCCCUGUUGGGUUUUAGAAGUUUUAGAAGCUGCUAAAAAGUUAUUAAAGAAUAUUGGGAACAUUUAUUUAUAAAUUACCUAAUUCUGAUAAUAGGCUUCAGCAUUUCUGGAGUAUAUUAACGGUGGUUUAAAAAACUAAUCAAAUGGCUUUAGUCAUUUUCUUUUAUUACUAUUUCACAGCUUUUCACUUACAGUUGGUCUGUGUUUAGUGUGUUAAUGAUUAGGAAUGGGAUACAUGCAUCCAACUUCAGUGAUACCCUUAGGUAAUGGUUUGAGUUUAGAUUUCACUGCCUCAGUCUCACUGGAGCACAUGAGAUAGUUGGGAUCGGUAUGCUUAGUUGCCUCAGUGUGCACUUGAAAGUUACUUCACCGGCCUCCUGAGUGGAGGCCCGGCAUGUUAGUCCUGGAUGACUGUCGUCAGAGCUGUUACUCUAGUACAGGUAUUCCUGUGAACUCUUUAUUAGGAACUGAAUGUGUCUUAACCUGUGUCACAGCUUGGCUGGUAGAGAUUUAUGUUACAUGUUACAUGGGAUUGCCUUACAGUGUGGUCAGGAGAAAGCGGAUGGAGCAGUGGUGCAAAGCUGCUUACUGCUCUUAGAAACUAUAUAUAAAGGUUUUAGGGAUUUUUAAAAGAUUUUUUUUUUUUUUAGAGGUCAACAUAAAUUCAAUUUUAGUGGCAACAGCUUUGAACUAGAGAGGUAGGUGUAUUAAAACAACAUAGAACCAUAACUUCUAGAUACUGUAGUUGCCACUAGGAGAUACUAGAAAGGUAGAAUGUGUAUGCAUAUUUCGUUUUUCAAUAAUAGUGAAUAUACACUUUCAGGAGCAAUGUAUGGUUGAGAAAUUGUGGCAGAAAGAAUUUUAAAUGUUAAUUGAAGUUGUCUAUAGUUCUUUAUUAAGCUCUGAAAACACUUCCAAUGCCAAUUUGAUUCUGAGGGCUUGGGAAGUGGGAUCUCCCUUGUGGAGCAGCUGGAGCUGGCAUGGAGGGAGCAGGUUCUGUGGGUGAUUUAUUGUGCCUGCCCUGCUUCCCCCAGGGAGCUCCUUCGGUGUGAAAUGAUGAAAUGAUGUGAUUGUCGGGGUGGGGUGGAGGUGGGGGUGGGGUGGGAUGGGAGGAGGGCCACCAUCAGUCGGGGAGAGAGUUGCUCACUAUUACAUAGGUAAUAUCAGCUGGACUUUGGCACUGAACUGUACUUGUAGUUGAGUCCCUGUAGUCAAUGUGCAAUUUCUCUAAUUCUGAGAAACUCUGUAGACUGCCUGGGUUUUACUGGGUCAGCAUAGAAUGCUAUCAGUUUACCUCUGAAAUAUUCAGUCAGUUAAAGGAAACCUGGAUUCCUAGUCAGAAGUGACUAAGAAUUACUGUGACUGAAAGGAUCUUUGCAGGGGGAAGAGAUCGGAGCUUCCUGAUUUUAGUGUGUCGCGUGGGUGGCCCUCUCCGACUCCCGUUUUGAGUAGAUGCAUAGCUCUUCACCUUCUUACCUCAAGGCUCUGUCUAGCCAUGUUAAAUCUGUAGACUCAGAGUCUGAUGCAGUUUGUCUGUUUUGCCAUUCUCAUUAUUCAGUUUCAUUCAUCACAGCUUUCAGAACAAGUGUUGCUAAAACUCUGGGGCCUUUGACAGUUGUUCUGAGGUGAUGUAAUAAUGGCACUUUUUAUAAGGUGUGUUUUCCUGGCUCUAAAAUAAAUUGUAUUUUUUUAAAUGACAUCAUUGAAUUGAAGCUGUAGAUGGCAUAUUUAAAUUAUAAAAUCUGCCAUCACAUAUUAGAAAGGGGACAGUCAUUUUUGGAAUGUGGAGAGAACGUGGAGCACCAGUCAGCAAGUGCACGUGGAGUGCGGAGCUUCCCAUGCACUGCUAAUACGGGGCCUCCGGAAAGCUGUGCCUUGUGGCUGGCCCGACCCUCUUCUGUCCCAAGGUGAAAUUCCUUUAAAACCUCAGGCUCUGACCUAUGUCUUCGAAGCAGCUGCUUUGUAGAGCCCGUCUCUUACUGUCCUUGUUAGGACUGUUUUUUGGCUCCAUGAAAAUGUUUAGCAUCCCUGCAGAAUUACUUGAGAAGGGGUUGGUACCAGUGUGAAGAGUAUUUCUGUAAAACUACGAACUUUUGCAUAGGGAAUUUAUUCUAAGCAGGGCAUAGCCAUGAUCCAGAGCAACCUCUGCUCACUGCCAGUCCUUGUGGCUGGCGGGUGAUUGCCCGACAGACCCUCUGUGGCCUGGCUCUCAUCCUCGGUGUGUCAGCCUGCAGCAGGCUGCCUACCCUCCAUGACAAUCAUGUGAGCCCAGCCACAGACCUCAGCUGGCGGUUUGAUCUCUGGCAGGCCCCUCGAGCAGUGCUGGUAAGAGAUUCCCCACAUUUUCCCACUCUUACGGUUCACUUUUCAUAGCAGGAAGGGCCCUUGGCCUCCCCAGUGACUCUUCUGGCAGCCUCCACCAGCACUAAGCUCAGAGGAGAGAAGAGCCAGGAGUCAGAUGUCACACCCGGGGGCUCCCCUUUCCCAUGUAGAAGUGUUGGCGUGUGUCAGUCCCCUUUACAGAGGGGCGGCUGUGUCUGUGGAGAAGGGGCCUUCUCAUUUUCUAAUUGCACUAUACUUGUUCUAGCUUCAGUUUGGAGAUAUUAAGACCUCCGUGGGGUCAUGAUCCAUAGACUUAGCAAGUCUUGCCUUAUCUAUGGAGCUUGAUGGUGAGAAUUGUGACCGUUGUCUGACGUCCAUAGUUCCUUCCCCCUAGAUCGUUUCUUUCCACAGAUUGUGUUCAUCCAAACCAUUUUAUUUUUUAUUUACCAAAGUACUGUACUUGGCUAUUUGCAGUGUUUUCAAAACCAAAUGUUUCUUUUUUUGUGUUUUUAAUCUUCGAUACUCGGUGCAAUAGAAGCUGCAAAGAUGUGCCACUUUAUCUAUGAAAUGGAGUUUUGUAUACCAAUAAAUUCUAGUUUAAAAACAAA